UUAGAAGUUAAACUACCACUCUCAGAUUCUUCCAAAUUCCUCCCGAUUCUUAUGAAACAAUUGGCGCUCACUUUGCCACUUCAUCACUUACAUUUUUCACUAUAAAUUAAAUUAAUAUUCUCAUCCUCAUAAUUUUUAUUUCUUCCAAUUAAAAGUCUUUAAAUAAAACAAUCAAAAAAUCUUUGCCAUUAAUCUGAAUUAUUAUUAUUUUUUAUACAAGAAAACUAGAAAAAGCUCUUGAAAACUAUAAAAAUGGCUCAAUUGUUAACCCCAGUAUGUGCAGAUCCAUUCAAAUUACAAAACCCAGUACAUAAUUUUACGAGUAACGCACAUUCAAGUAGAAGUAGGUGGAGCGUGCAUUCUACGCGCUGCUAUAAAUGGCGCGUGAUGGGUCAGAAUAGAAGUCGGAACUCAACUCGAGUUAAAGCAGUUGCUGAUGAUUCAGCUGGAAUUGUAGAUGAAUUUGCUGAUGAUUAUUAUGCUGUUUUGGGUCUGACACCAGAUGCUACACCACAGCAAAUUAGAAAAGCUUAUUACAAUUGUAUGAAAGCUUGUCAUCCGGAUUUGAGUGGUGAUGAUCCAGAGACUACAAACUUUUGCAUGUUCAUCAAUGAAGUUUAUGGGGUGCUUAGCGAUCCAGUGCAACGGAUGGUGUAUGAUGAAAUUCAUGGCUAUUCUUUGACAGCGACGAAUCCGUUUAUGGAUGAAUCGAGCCCUAGGGAUCACGUGUUUGUUGAUGAAUUCAGCUGCAUAGGAUGUAAAAACUGUGCAAAUGUGGCACCAGAUGUUUUUCAAAUUGAGGAAGACUUUGGGAGGGCUCGAGCCUACAAACAAUGUGGGAUGUCUGACCUUGUUCAACAAGCAAUUGAGAGCUGCCCAGUUGAUUGUAUUCAUUGGACUUCUGCUGCACAACUAUCUUUGCUUGAAGAUGAGAUGCGGAGAGUGGAACGAGUAAAUGUUGCACUGAUGCUAGCUGGCAUGGGAUCAUCAUCAGAUGUAUUUAGAAUGGCCAAUUCUCGCUGGGAGAAGCGACAAUCAAAACUUCUGGAAAAAGCUAGAUUGAGAAUGAUGAAGGAGAAAGGCUCUGGUGCUGCCGACUCAUACUGGGAUAACCUCUGGGGAAAACAGAGAGAGUACCAGAGUACAGAGGAGGAGGUGAAAGAGCGAGCAAAUCGAGCAGCUGCAGCAGCUCGUAGAUGGCGAGAAUACUCAAGGAGAGGUGCUGAUAAACCUCCCACUUAUAAACUGCCUGAGGCAGUGGAAGUGUCUAAGGAGUGACCAGUUGACCACCAUCCAACAUGCAUAUAUAUAACCUUUAUUUUUUUUUCCCCUUCUUUGGGAUUCACCAUAUAAUUCAUCUUACAAAUGUAUAGUUUAUAAAUUUGCAGUUAUCAAUGAUCCUCUUUUCAAUUGAAUCAUGUAUUCAGAAUUCAAAGUAGAAUCUAAUAUGAAGUAUCAUGCAAGUAUUUUGAUGCAGAAAAGUUGGACAAGCAUGAUCAGUUUUUUUUUAAGUUUCACAU